AGGUUGAGCAUCAUCAUGGUGGAACAGGGAAAAGAGAACGCUACCGACUUUCAUCCGGCGCCAGUUUGGCUGGACGAAGCCUACCUGGAGCGUCUGCUGAGGGAUCUGAAAAAGGAUCCCGGACUGAAGAUCACCGAUCUGGUGAUCAAACCCGCCACUGCCAAGGGUGAUAAUUAUGCCAGUGUGAUGACGCGUGUGAAGAUUUUGUUCUUGAAAAGCGGCGCCAAGAAUCCCGACACUGAGUUCUAUAUUGUGAAGACCACGUACGAGAACGAUGCCUUCGCCUCGGCUAUAUUUUCCGAGUACCAGGUUAGCUCCACGGAGAUGCGAAUGUACGAGAAGAUCCUGCCGCAGUUGAGUUCGUUGAUCGAAAAGACCCGCCAGCCGGAAAAACUGUUUGCCAAGACCUUGCAUGUUGACUACGAACACGAGGCCAUCAUCUUCGAGGAUCUGGCCGUUUUGAACUAUACUCUGGCCGAUCGACUCGUUGGCUUUGACCUCGAACACACUCGUUUGGCACUGAGGAAACUGGCCAAAAUGCACGCCACCGCAGCGGUUCUCAACGAACGUCAGCCGGGAGUCCUGACCAAAUUCGAUCAUGGCAUCUUCAAUCGUCACACCCAAGGCUUUGCGCCCUUCUUUGUGAACACGGUGGGCGUGGCAUCGGAAUUUGCCAGAGAAUGCCCCGAGUUAGGUGAGCAAUAUGCCAAGAAGUUGAAGGACCUGCAGGAGCGAGUGAUGGAGUACUCCACGAGGGUCUACGAUCCGCUGCCGGGCGAGUUCAACACCUUGGUGCACGGCGAUUACUGGGUGAACAAUGUGAUGCUGCGAUACGGAGAGAACAAGGAACCCCUCGACAUGACCCUGAUCGACUUCCAGUUCUGCAGCUGGUCCUCGCCGGCAGUGGAUCUGCACUACUUCUUCAACACCUCGGUUCAGAGCUCCAUUCGGUUUGAGCAGCAGGACGAACUGAUUCAGUAUUACCACUCGGUGCUCGUGGAAACGCUCAAGGAUCUCAACUUUGCUGGCUACACUCCCACCUUGAGGCAGUUCAUUCUGCAGCUGGAGAAGGGAAGAUUCUUUGCUGUCACAGUUGCGCUGGUCUGCCAGGCCAUAUUGACCAACGAUCAGACCGCCGAUGCCGACUUCCAUGCCUUAAUGAAGGAUGACGAACGAGGACGUAACUUCCGGAAAUUGUUGUACACAAACAAGAGACUUCAAGCUAAUCUCAAACAUGAGCUGCCACGCUUCGAUCGGAGCGGUCUUCUCGAUGUAAUCGACUGAACAAGAACCACACAUUAAUUGGUUGUCUUCUUAAUUAAUUUUUACUAUGUAUUAAAAUAAACUAAAACUAAGCGAUAUAUAAAAACAUAAUAAACAUUGGCUUCCAAGUCAGAUUUUGUACUCGUGAGCACUAUCUCAAAUGCUAAACGUGCCUUUAAAGUACCAAGAUAAACAGAA